UUAGGAAACACAGCUCUCAGGAGAACGUAGUGUACCAAUUAUUCAAACAGGAGUACCAGCGGUUAAGGCUAUUGAACCUGAGAAAAAAGAUGAAACAGCAAAAGUUACUGAAAUUAAAGUUGAACAUCAAUAAUUUAUCUUGAAUUAUCAAAUUAUUUAUUUAAAAAAUGUGAUAUGUGUUACUUAUUUCUAAUACUUAAAUAAAAUACAAUUUAUUUGAUUAUAUUGUUUAAUAAACAAAUAACUAACUUGAAAUUUGUGUAAUUAAAACUUGAGUCAAUUAACUAGAUAUUAAAUACAUUGUUGAUUGAUAAAUUAUAAAUAAUACAAUAAUUGAACCAAAAGUUUAAAGUAUAUGUAUAUAUAUAUAUAUAUAUUUGUAUGGCAUAAAACAAUCAAGUUUUCAAUACAAUUUAGACACUUACACUAAAUAAAACAUAAAUUGAAAAUACUAGAUAGUAUAUACAAAACCGAAAAUAAUUGAUGUAUAAAAGGGGGGUCCGCAAUCAAUUUUUUCUAUCUGUAGGGAGUCUGACGGGAAAAAAGUUUGGGGAACUCCACACUAGAUUAAACAUUUGACAAUCCUAAAGUAUAGUUUUAAAUUUUAAACUAAAAAAGUAAAAUUAUAAUCUCAGUUAUUUUUAAUUAAAAGUAGACAGUCAGUUUGUUUUAAUACUUUAUUAUUAUUAUGGUAAACAAAUUCAAAAGGAAGUUGCACAAUUAUUUACUAUAGGAAAAUAUGUAUCAUGUAUCUAAAAAUAUAGGGUUUAAUCUGUGGCACAUUUUUUUUGGCACUCAGAUAUGAACAUGUUUACUUAAAUAAUUAAACAGAAGCAAGUGAAUACUCGCUCAGCACCGUGCUAGACGUUUUGUUUUAAAAUAAUGUUUUAUUGUAUGUUAUUUUUGUAUUGUUUCUACUGAGUGCCGCAUAUAAGAUACUUUAAAACAGAAUUUGUUUAUGUGCAAAACAAAUAAAAAAAAGGUCUUGGUGAAUAUUUUAUUUUAUUUGGCGAUCCAUGGAAAAGGUUUAAUUACUGUGAUGAUCUUAAAGUUACUGAAGAAUUUGUUCAAUAAAUGGACAUUCAAUUUGGUAAUAGUCUUGAUUAUAUGAGUUGUUGACAAUAGUCAAUUUACAAUCUGUAUUUUCAUAGUUUUGUAAUAUUUUUAAUUUCUUCGCAUCUAUAUCGACAGGUGAAGCUAAAAAACAUUAAUCAAAAUGUAAUCUGAUUAUACAUUAGACUGUAACACAAUAAGGUUAUUUUAAUAGUAAAUAAUUUACAUAAAAGACAUUUAUAAACAUGCAUUCGGUGAAAUAGCAUUUCUUCGGGCAUCCUUUUCAUAUUUUGAGAAUUCAAAAAGGCAACAUUACCCAAAUCUACAGCAUAUACACCUGCUAAAUGGCUAGCUUUCACUUCACUGCAUAAUACUCUGUACCAUAAUCCAUCUACAGUUAAAAUAUUAUAUUCAAUUUAACACAACAUCAAAUGUAUUUAAUUAAAACAGUAAAUACCUGGAAAUUGACCUAGACAUACUUCACCAUUAUGUGGUAAAUAAGGAUGUAAAUUCAAGCUGCAAUAUUCUUUUAUCAUUUUAGUUAGAAUUGAAAAAGACUUCCCAAAUGAUUUGUCUCUCAUAUAAAAGACGCCAUUGUGAUACAUAACAAACGUCAUAUCUACAACUGAUUUUUCCUUUAAUUUCUUCUUUAAUAAAUUGUUGUUACUAAGAAUCACCUCAUUUUCCACUAAUAUACAUUUAAAAUAAUGACAGUUAAAAUCACAGGUACAUAUUAAAUUAAAAUAAGUGACAUGUCAUUUAUAUAUUAUAAUAUUUCUUUGAAAAUAUAGAAUAUUGCACUGUAUUAUGCCUGUUGCAUAUAUAUUUAUCUUUUCUCUACUACUUUUAGAUAGUUUAAAAAGGACCUCCUUCAGGAUAAAGAACUCAAAUUAGGGAAUUAGAAUUGAUGAAAGUGAUAAAAGUUAGCCUGAAUUCCCUACGAGAAGCCCCAAAUGAAGCCAUGGAAUAACAUUUUGUAAAUACACAGUGUUUACUAUUAUAGUAUUUAGUUAUCUAUUGUUUUAAAAAAUAGGUGGUGGAAAAUUUGACUUGAUAUAAUGUUAAUACUCAUUGUGGACAGUAGUGAUAAGGUUAGUGUUGAACAGUAUAGUAGUAUAGUUACAGUUAUUAAGGUGACUAGCAGCCUCCUGCAUACUUAAUAUCAUUUAAUAGAGUGAUUUUUUUUUUUAUUAUGAAUCAGCAAUUUUCUUAGAUGAUAUUAAGUGAAUUUGAUGUUUCUUUUUUUUUAAUUAUUAAGGAAUCAUAGUAACUUCAUUUUUAAUUUUAUACAUCUACAAUAUAUACUCUAAAUAAGCAUAUACUUUUGUUUUUCAAAGGUGAAACCCCCUCCACUUUGAAAUGCAUACCACUAAUAUCAGAUUUACCAUUUAAAAUUUAAACAGGAGUAGGGAAGGGUAAUAAAUUGCAUAUCUAUUUAUAAAUGAUAAGUUGAUAACUACUCCCUACUAACCAACUCUUCUGGGUUAACUUUAUACCACAACUUCAUAUACUGAAGUAGUGGUAUAAAGUUAAAAAAUUAAUUUAAAAAAAGCUUUAACUAUCCCACAAUGGUAAAAACAAAAAACCGAAAACAAAUUCACUUAAAAUCCGUACAAGAAAAUUACUGUUUCAUGAUGGAAAAAAAUCACCCAGUGUAUAAAAUUGUUUGUAUUUGUAUUCUCUAUAUUAUAAAUUAAUAAACAAUUUUAGCUAAAUAGUAAAACCCUAAUUUCUUAUGUAUGUUUGAUUUAAUAAGUACAUAAUUAUAUAAGUAAUUAUAACAAUAGUGUAGCUAUUCUAAUCAUGGGUAUUUUUUUUUUAAAAAAAAAAUUAUUUAUUACGUACAUAAAUUUGUAGAUGUAUUUUUAAACCAAGUAGGUUCAAGUAGAGCACAUAAUAUUGCAUUAACGUUUUCCUUUAAACUUUUAAUGUUUAGAUCUACAAAUUUCCAGCCUUCCAUACUUGAUUCAUCAAAAUGCUAUCAAAUUUUAAAGUAUUUUUUUUAAUAUGUGAAAAUAAAUAUAUAGCUAUAGUAUUUAACAACUUACAACAGUUAAACACAUAUCCUUUAUGGUAUCAAUGAAACCUAGAGCAUGAAACUGAAUAGGAUAUGGUAAUACAUUUUUCAAUCCAACCAUUAUAAAACUUACAGGCAUCUACAAAAAAUAUAAAUUUAUUGUCAGCACAAAUAGCCAAUUUAAAAAAGAAAUUAAAAAAAAAUCCAAUAAAAACAAUUUUAAGUAAAAAUUAAUGAUUUAGACAUUUUAAACUUUUUAAAUGAUUAACUAUUUAUAUAAUAAAUAUGCACUAAUAAAAACAUUGGUUAAUAUUAAUAGUUCUAUCUUUCUAAGCCCAAGUCAUGUCAUGGACAGGGCUAUAUGGACAAAAUAUAUAUUUAACUUAGUAUUAACCAAAAUUAUGGCAAACAUUGGAAACUUCAGAUUGAAUUUUAUAAAAGUUUUGUUUAUUAGAUUUUAUUAUUUAAUAUUAAAAUUAAAAUAUAUAUUUUUUAAUUUGAUGACAGAAAAUUAUUUUUUGAACGGUUAUUUUUACUAUGUAAUAGGUUUUACAAGUUUUAUAUUAUGUUAAAAUAUGUAUAAUUAAUUAAAACUAUUACAACUAAUUAUUUGCAGGAAUUUUAAAAUAAUAAACAUAUAUUAAUUAUCUUCUUUCCUUGGUCUAGGUUAUAAAAUUAACAUCAUAUAUUAUGUAUAUAUAAAUACAUACACUUUUAAUUUCGUAGGAUAAUUCUAUCAUUUCAGACAAUUGUAUAUAUUCUUUAAUAGGAUUAUCCAUAUGCUUCACAGAAUAAAUAUUAUCUCCAAGAUACUUAUAAAUUCUAGCUCUUUCAAAGUUACCCGUAAUAGCAGAUUUGAACCCUACAAUUUCUCCAUAAUACGGUUCUCUUUUUAAAGGUUGAGCUAAAACAAAAUACAGCCUUAUUAAAUUAAUACAAUUUUAUAAAUAGCACUGCAAUAUCUGUAUACUAUUAUUUGUAACUACAGUAAUUUCAGUAAUUCAACCAAAUAAUUAUUUAACAUGUUCAGUAAUCUGUGCUAUAAUAUUUGAGUGAUAAAUUCUAAUAAUAGAAAUCCAAAGGGGUUAAAAAAAAAUGUCUAUUAAGAAGUCCAUUAUUGAAAAAGUGUUAAAAAUAAUAUGUAUUCAAAAAUUUGUUUGUUGAAAACGCACGUUUUAUACUUAUAUGAUUAAAUGAUUUAAAUUGAACAGGGUUAGGUUAAACACAUUUCCUGAUAUAUUUUUGUACAAGCACUGGUGUGCGAUAACCAGCAACUAUAAUGAUACAUGUCAAAAAAGGUAAUUUUUUCAGGAAACGGAAUUUUAAAUAUGCUCAUAACUUAAUAUUUAAAUAAAAAAUCAACUAUUUGUUCAAUCCGUUUUAAAAUUGUACCAAAUUUUAUUAUUAUUAUUUUUUUUUAUCUAUUAUUGAUAUAUUCGAAAAUUUCAAAACCCGAAUUUUUUUAACAAAAAAUUUUAGUUAUGUCAGUUUUUAUAGUAUGUUUAGAAAAUAAAUUACAACUUGGGUCAAACAAUAUUUAUUAUAUUAUAAUUAAAAAAAAAUACAUAUAUUUAUAAAAAUUUUGAUACAAAGGUGGUAUUAGAUUUUACCUACAAAGUUUUAACAAGUCAUUUUUUUAAGAUUUUGAAAUUUCUGGUCAAACUUCAUACACUUUUGAAAGAUUUUGUAUUUUUAUGAGUAGAACUACCAUUGUCUUCGAAAUCACUAUUUCAUAAUCACUUGUUUCUUAAAGAUAUUUAUUCACACUAUUAAAUGUCAUUUCUGUGUCAAAGAAAAUCUUCGUAUAAUAUAUUACCUACAUACAACGAGUAUACCUACAACUAUUCAAAACUAACCCACUAUUAAUACUGAUGUAAUGAUGAAAUCGGAAAAAAUGCAUGGCAGCAUGAUAGCUAAACUGAAUAAAUUUGUUGGUACGUAAUAAAACUUAUAUAGAACAAAGCACAAUAAAUUCAAGUUAUUGUAGAUAACAUUCAAUACUAAUCAACUAUGAUAAAGUAUCGGCCAAUUUAUAUUAAAAAAAAAACCAAUCAGGUAUAAUAUAAUAUAAUAUAAUAAUAAUUAUAUUAUUAUUAUUGUUCAAAAUUGGAGUUAUGUCAGUCUUGAUGAAAUUUUUUUUUUGGUUUAAUACAUUCUAUAUCGACACAAGUACACAUAACAUAUAUAAAAAUACUGCUUCGAAUUGGGCCGUUUAAAAUAUAAACGAAAAGAAAAAAAUUAUUUUCAUAGGCGUUAUUAUCUCAAAAAGUCCAAUUUUUGGCUUGUAUCAUAAUAGUCGCCAGAGUUCAAUAAGUUGAAUUUAUGAGACUUCUUAAUUUCUGUAUUUUACGUUUUAAGUUUUAACUAAAUAUAUUUUAAUUGAAAAAUAAUUACAGUUAUAAUGGCAGCAAUUUAUGGAAUCCCAGAUUGAAAAUAACAAAUCAAAACAGUUCUUUUGUUUUGAUCUUAAGUACACUGAAUUUGUAUCUUUUAUGUUUAAUAAUUCGACCAUACUAUUAUUUUUAAAUUCAAUAUAUGGAACACCAUAUUCUUCAACAGUAGGCACCCAUUUUUUUAAAUAAACUUUAAUUUUUUUGUUUUCAUCAAAAAUAAUCAAAACAAUUUUUUCAGAAGUUGCUUUACGUGUUUUAAAAAUAUAAGGUUUUUCCUAAAAAUGUAAAAAUAUAAAAAUAAAAUAUGAACAAAUUUUAGAUAAUUAAAACUUAUAAUCAUACCUUUAAUUGCAAAACACAAUUAUCUUUAGUGAAUAAUUUAAAUGAAUACGCUGGCAACUGAGUUAAUUUUUCUGGUAGUGCUCUAAUUUGUACGGUAUUAAUUACUUUACCAUAAUCACUCAUUGCUACGUUUACACUGUUUCCAGCUACUAAAAUUACAUAACCACGACCGUACAAAUUAUUAGCAAUAUCAAAUGCGCCAACUAACAUUCCAGGUUUCAAGUUAUUUCUAAAGUAGUUAUUGUAGUGUUUUAUUUUUUUUAAUUUAUUCAUUAUUUUAACUAUAUAAGUUAAUUACUUACAUAUUUAGAAGUUCAGAACAUUCAAUAGUAUUGCUUAUAUUCUUUAAUUUAUCUUGAACAUUUUCAAAAUCAUCAAAAAGUAUAGGCCAACCAGUAAACAUGUUUGGACCCAAUUGUUUUUCAACUUUAAUUUCACCACCAAAACAAUUUUCAAAAAGAUUGAAAUCUACUUUAUGAAGUUCAAACUUAAGCCUAUAAUUUAAUGAUAUUAUUAAAUUAGGUAUGCAUACAUUUAAAUUUUAUAUUAUAAGUAUUUAUUUAAUUACUCCUCAGUUUUUUCCCACUUAGUAUUAAGCGGUUUUCCAAAAAGAUCAUCAUUUUCAAGAUUAUAUAUUUUAUGUUUUAUUGGUUCUUGUAUUAUUGUAUUAAAUUGUAAAACAUUGGGUCCGAGAUAAAUGGAAUGCCUGCAUGCAAAUAUAAAUUUAAUACUUAUUAUAAUAUGCAUAUGUAUGUAUAAAUAUAAAAAAAAAACAAACAUUCAAAUUAAAAAAAUAUUAGUUGGAAAUAAUUAAAGUUAAACAAACUGAUUUCAAUAUAAGUUUUGUGUUUUAAAACUACUGCCACUGGUUAAUUUGAAUAAUAAAAUCCAGGUUGGAUUUAUUAAUAUUAAAAAGAAAAAUGUAUAUAAUUUCAAACUAAAGUGCAAAGUUUAUAUUUGGAUUGUUAAUAAAAACAAUAGGUUGAGGUUGAACAGACAUGAGGUUCAUCUCAUUUUUAUAUAAUUAUGAAUUAUAUCCCAACAGCAAAAUACAGUUCUGAAAUCUGUUUCUUAUUAAUUUUAAUAAGAAGUAUUGGUAUAUAUAAGUAUUAUAUAUGAAGAUUAGGAUAAUCAUCCUUAUGAAAUGUUUUUUUUGUAGUUAUCCAAAAAUUAAAUAUAAGUUUCUUUUUUUAAAAAAAAUAGUCUAAUUUUUUGAAAGGUUAAAAUUGUGUUAAAAUUAAAAGUUGAAUAUUGAUAAAACUAACGUUAAAUCCUCCAUUGCGAUCUCAUUAUUUAUUGUUUUCCGAAUUUCUUCUUUAACUUCACAUUUUUCUAUAUUUUCAUUAAUGUUUUCUUUAAUAUAUUUAUUAUCCUCGUACCUUUUCGCCAUUUUAGUUGACAUUUUAACUUUUAUAAAUGACGGAAAAAUUGAUUGGUCCAGUAAAAGUUUUUUUUCGGAUCUGGAAAAACAAUGGAUAAAUGGCCAAUUAACAAUGAAAUAUACAACAGGGUAAACACAAAUAGCAAGAUAACUCAGAUACAAUAUAACAUAAUAUACAUAUACAAUAUAUAUAAUUAUAUACAUAAUAGAUGAUUAACAAGAAAAACAUUUAAAUAAAUAUCAUUUUUUUCAUAAAGUAAUAAAGUAAAAACAAAAUUAUUAAAAUGGUUAAUACUCGUAAAUAAAUAUAUAAAUAAAAAAUGUAUAUAUAAAAAUAAAAAAAUAAAUAAAUAAAUAAAUAAAUAAAAGAAUGAAUGUGUCGCCUGGAGUAUUUUAAGUGUAUUAUACGACCGGUUUCGAAUUAAAAAUUCAUCAGCAGAUAUAUCAUAUAUCACAGUCAAAAUGUAAUACACGACUGAAUAUAAAAAAUUAAAUGAAGAAAUAAAUAAAAAAAAAAAUUAUACAUAUUGGUUGUUUGUUUUACAUAGAAUAUAGAAAUAAUUUAUUUUAAUAGAAUAUUUAAAAUUAGUUAAUGUUAGACAUAGAUAUGUUUAGAAAUAUAAAUUAUUUGAUUAUUUAUUAUCUAAAAUUUAUUGAUAUAAGACAGUAGUGGCGGAACUAGAUUUUUGGAGGCCUGUGUACAAUUUUCAUGAAGGUCCUACUAUUAGGACAGCAUUUUUAAAAAGAACUCUAGAAUUUUGUCAAUCUCAUGUUAUAUCUUUAUUCUUUAACACAUAUAUAAUAUAGGUACUGUCAUAUAUUUAUAAGUAAGUUCUAAAUAUUUUUUUUUUUGCUUUGGUUUUGUGCGAAAGUAUUGAUCAAUACUUACAUAUUCAAUUUUUGCACGUUUGUUUUCAAUAGAUAUCAUAACCACGUAAUGAAAAUUUGUAUUAAAUAAACAGCCUUUCCAAUACCUGCUCCAGGUGACUGUAGUAUUUUAGAUGCUAUAUUGAUUUUUGAUAUUAUUUUAUACAUCAUUGUAACUAGAAUAACUGUUUCAUAACAUUCAAAAUAUAUUUUUAGAGCGCUUUAUUUUUAUCUAUGCUUUAGUGCGUCCAGUAAAUGUUAUGUAAGUUAAAACCUUUAUUAUACAUGGAUACAAGUGAUGGAGUGAUGUUAAACAAUCAAUUCUAGACGACCAUCGAGUAGGACAUAAUCGUUAAGGUGACCUGUUAAUCUCAACACUUUCUUUUUUUAACUUAGCAAUAUACAGUUUCCGAAAAAUGUUAUAAUUCAGAUAACGUUGAUGUAUGAUAACAUAACCAUCACACGAAUCGCGAUGUUUUAUUUUUGGGUUUAAAUGUCAGCAAUCACCAAUAAUACAAGUUACAACCGAUAAUUUAUUUACGUGAUAAAAUUAUUCUGCAUUAGUAUAGUUAUACAGACUUCCUUUUUUAUCGGAUAUUUUAUUUAAUACCGAUAAAUGCAUAAUACCUACCUACUUUCAUAUUAUACUAAGUUAAGAUCUAGUAAUUAAUUGUUCAUACUCGAUUAUUAUUAUUCUGAAUUUCCAUAACUAAUUAUGCAAUGGUUAACCUACAAAAACAUACAGAAAGCUAAAAUCUAAAUAUAAUCUUUUUGAUGUUUUUGGUUUAAUUGUAAAUUGUAAUAUUCAUUAUUUUAUAAGUUAAAUCAUUGGAGACCUCUUAUACGCUGGAGCCCGUAUGAAAUCACCUUUAUCUAUAUGUAGUUCCAUCACUGAUAUAAGAUAUUAUUUUUAAAAUCGGUUUGAACAUUUAAAAUAUUAUAAAAAUUAUUUUUCUUUAUUUAAUUGUGUGUAUGUAAUUCUUCUAAAAUUGAGUUAAUAUAAAUGUUAUUUGGGUAUUUAAUAUUUUAAAGUCUGUAUUAAUAUCAAAACUUAUAUUAUGGUUAUUUUAUAAAACAUGUUUACCGAAAAUUUAAAUUAGGGGUAGUCUUAUUUAAUUUUAUUUCAGAAAUGUAUCCUUGUUAUGUUAUUUUAAAAUUUCUAUUUGUCUUACCUAUACACAAUUUAUUACAGUUCCAUUUAAGUUUCUAUAUACCAGCAUUUUCAAAAAAAAAGAGGGAUUUUUUGGGAAGUUCUAUUGUUUAUACAUUAAUGUUCAGAAUUUUAGUGAAUUCAUUAGACAUAUUUAAAUAUUUUAUACUAUAAUAAUUAACAUUAUUUGGUGAGUGGUGUAUUAUUUUUUGUUUAAUACAUUUAUGAAAUUUUUUAAUAUUAUUUAAAUUGAAAUUAUUUCUAUGGACUAUAUUAUAGAUAAUAUUGAGCUUGUUUUGAUAAUUAUGUUUAUUUAAUGGAAUACAUUCAACCCUAUAGAAUAUUAAAUUGAAACAUGAUAUUUUUUAGAACAAGAGUGAUUAGAAUCAUGUGGCAUAAUAGCAUCUGUUUGUGUAGGUUUCCUGGAAAUACUAAAAUAAAAUGUAUUGUUUAUUAUGGAAACUGUAAGAACUAAGAAAUUUAAAUUAUUAUUUGUUUGUAAAAAUUUUUUUUAAGUUAUUACCUGUAGAUAUUAAAAUAUGUAUAAAAGAGUAAAACAAGUAAUCUUUUAUUUGAUAAAGAUUAUAAAAUAGAUCUUUUUAACAUAUAUUAUACGGGUUGAUUUUAAAAUUAAUAAGGCUAAGAAUAAAAGUCGUCAAUUAUUUAUUUAUUUAUUUAUUUAUGGAAAGUAUCUGGUAAUCUGGUAGCCCUAUGGUUGCAAUUAUAAUAACUAGAUAACAGAAGCUAAUUAAACAAUAUAAAUAACAAUAUGUUAUUAUAAUAAUAUAACAAUAAGAAUUUCUAAGAGUAAGAAGAUGACGGUCCAAUAUUGGCAAUUCGCAUCACCCCUCCAUUAGCAGCAAAAUUUGUUGUACAUACUCGGACAUAAAAAGAAUAUUUAUUACGAUAAGAAAAAUAUAGUACUUUAAAAUGUACACAUCAAAGAAUGAGUGGAAAGCAUACUAGACUUGGGACUAGAAAGUAGCUAGCUUUGAAAACAUACAUUUGCUUGAAUUCUUUUGUCAGCUAGCAAAGGCAAUUGUAGGGAAGCAAGAACAGGGGAAUAAUCAUGAGAUAUGUGAUCUAUUUUUAACUUAAAUCCAGCAAAGGACAAGAAUUUAUGCUACAUUCUCUCCAAAAAUUAACUAAAACUAAUGGUAUGCAGAUCCAACAAUAUUCUAUAUUAUUUUAAAAUAGAGUGAACUAGGGUGCAGUAUAGAGAAUUAAUGAAACUAAUUUAAUAAAUUAACAAGAAAAAAAAAGAGAGAGUUUAUCCAUAUGAGAAUAAAAAUAUAAUGUCCUAUAUACCUAAUCAUAUGUGAAUGAAACAUUAUUUUGUAUCAAAAACAAACCUAUGACUAAAUAUUUUCUGUUUGAGUAAGCUUAGAUCUUUUCUCCCCAAUUCGGAAUCCUGUGAAUUCUAAGCACAACUGUAUCUAUACUCUAUUCAUUGUAAGUUGACCCGCUUGCUCGUUGAAACAUUAUUUUGUAUCAAAAACAAAACUAUGACUAAAUAUUUUCUGUUUGAAUAAGCUUAGAUCUUUUCUUCCCAAUUCGGAAUCCUGUGAAUUCUAAGCACAACUGUAUCUAUACUCUAUUCAUUGUAAGUUGACCCGCUUGUUCGAUGAAAACCCUUCUGUAUGCACGGUCGCGGUGGCAGCCUGUUGCCUACUACAACAAUUAAUAACUAACGCCGAACACCACCGACUAAUCACAAACCAUGGCGGCUUAGUAUACAUGUGCAGGAGCGGGUCAACUUAUGGUGAACAAAGUAUAGUAAUAUAUCCAGAGGGAGUUUUUCUGGAUGGUUAUAUUUACUGCAACCCAAAUGAUUAUUCCCCUGACCUACUCAUGUUGGGUCUUUCUAGCUUUUGUUUCGAAAUCCUUCGAUUUUAUUACUAUGUUCUAUGUUAAUAUUUACCCAGAUCAAUGAGAAAAAUGCCAGCUGUAAACGGAUAAAAGAGAUGUAUAAGUGUUUAAAAAUUAUAGGGGUAUUUAAUUCAGAACAGUUAUGGUUAACCAUAUCAAAUAUAGAAAGACUCUUCAUAUUGGUAGCAAAUAUCAGAAUUUCAGAUACUAGAAAAAAAAAAUAUAUUGACUCAACACUAAUAACUAUAGAUUAUAUUUAAAUAAAUAAUUCAAAAAAUAAUAUAGAAAAUAAUUAGCAAUUAGAAAAUAAUAAAUAUUGUUAAAUAACAAAAUAUGCAGUUUAUGAAUGACUUUCAAAUGUCAAUGAUUAUAAUAUAUAGCUAUUUAUUAUAUUUGAACUAGUUAUUUCAUAGAAUACAAUUCUAUAAUUAAUAAUUUAUAUUAUUUAAUUAUAGACCUAAAAUUCUAAAUAUAUUUAAUUUCCGUUAAAGUAUAAAAUACUUUUAAAUAUAAAAUUAAAAAACUCCAAAUUAACAUUAAUUUUACCCCAUAUAUUAUGAAUGUUUUAAAAAAUUGAUAUAUUAAAAAAAAUGAAUUGUGUUAAUCAGAACGUUAAACUAUAAAUUAAUAAUUAACAAUUUACACACUAGCUAUAGUAAUUUAAUUAAUUAGUUUUAAGUACAAUUGUAGGUACUAGAUAAGGGUGAUCAUACGUUCCAUAUUAUACUAGAUUGUCCUGUAUUUUAACUUUGUGUCCUGUAAUCCCAAUCGAAAUUAUACAGGACACAUUUUGUUCACUUUUUUCAAAUGUAUUCCAUAUUAAUCCCAUCCUUUAUUUUUAAUGUAUAACUUUUGAAAUGUAUUUGAUAUCUAUGACAUUAUUUAGUUCAGCAAAAAACUACACAAAAUUGAUCAACCGUUAUUACAAAAAUACAAUUUUUUUUGUGUAUACAUAUUUUAUUUGUAUUUAAAAAUAUUUAUGCAGCACACAUUUAUUUAGCUUUUUAUAUUAUAUUUUAUAAUUAAGUUUACUUAUUAAACAUCACAUUUAAUUUGUCUUUUUAAGUUUCCUGUAUUUUUAUGGUCACCAUAUAAUAGAUAAUACUUACCUACGUAGAAACAUAAUUAUAACUUAAUAUUUAUUAUUUGUAUGUAUUAUUGUUAAAUAAACUAAAUGUUUUUCAUUGGAAUUGAUAUUUUAGAGUUUAAACAAAAUAUUAUUUAAAAUUCUAAACUUAGGUACCUAUAUAAUAUACUUAAGCAAAUUUUUAUGAGUUUUGUUUACUAAAAACCUAGUAUAAUACUACAGUAAGUCAAUUAUACUUAGUGACCAUUCGUCCGGUUUUUGGCCAAGACAGUCCCGCUUUUGAGCUAUGUACUAACUAAUUUUUUUGAAUGAUAAUAAAAUAUUUGCCCAAUUAACAAGAUCAAAAGGAAAACUUAAAAUAAAUAUAUAUAUACAUACAUUUUAAAAUUUAAAAUUAAUUUUAUUUAGCAUAUAUAAUAAGUAUACCUGUAUAUCUGGGCUUCUUGAAAAAUAUUAUACAAGUUUGAAUUAAGAUAAGAACUAUGUAAAAGAAAUUCAAUGUUUCAACACCCAGUUAAAAAAUAUUGCUAAAUCCAAAAUGAAUAGUAAAAAAUGUAUAAAAAGAUAGAAGAAAUAAAUUACUUACUUAUCAUCUUCAAACUUAAUAUAUGCUCUAUGUUCUUUAUCAUAUUUUUGUAUAGUAAUUUGUUUUAUUUUACCAUAUUUUCCGCAUAAAUUUGUAUAGCCGCCCUAAAAUUAAAAUUAAUAAUAAAUCUGUGUUACAUAUAAAUUUGUGUUUACAUCUGUGUUACUCCCUGGAAAGUUUUAAAAAUAUUUUUGAACCAGAAACUUUCUAGAAUUACUCAGCUAUUACUAAGCUAUUCACUGGCCACAUUUUAUUAAAAAUUGUCUAAAUCGUUAAACUGAUUGCCCACAGAACCUACCUUUGUUAAUAUUUUGAGUGAAUCAACCAAACAAAUUGCAUUAUUGUAACCACUAAAAAUUAAAAAUUAAUAAUAAUCAGUUUAGGUUUAAUAACAAUCUUAAAAGUAUUGAAAUUUUAAUAUAGAUUCAAAAAGAAAGAAAAGGUGUCUGGUAAACUACUGAAGUGUAGCGCCAAUUAAAAAGUACCAGGUAUCAUUAUGGAAUGACUAUUUUUGUAUACAAAGUAUAUUACGAAAAUAUUAUCUUUAAUACAUUUCCAUUGAUUCUUAGGUGCAUACAAUACAUUUAUAAGAAUGAACCAGGUAUGCAAUUGAAAAUUGGAGUCUCUACAAUUUAUAAAUGAAACCUGGUACUUUUUUUUGGAUGUCCAUAAUUUGUUCUAUAAUAUUAUUAUGAAAAAAUAAUUUUAUUUUAACUCACUUAUUUUCACCCAUUUUUAGAAAUAUAAUUUUAAAUAAAACAAAUAUUUCAGGAUUCUAGACUAAAACUUCGAUUACAAAUUAUUAUUGGUAUAUAUAAUUAAAAAUAACUUAUGAUCAAGAUAUAAUUAUGAUAAUCUGUACAACAAUCAACAAAUUACAGUCAAAACCUGUUGCGUCUAACACGCAGACUGCGGGCGAUGACUGCUAUUCAAGAAAUUUGGUAUCACAAAUGAUAAUCUUGUUUCAAGAAAUUCGUUAGUAUAAAUAGGUGUAAAUUUCCCCUUGAAAAUCAAAACUGUGUGAAUUUGAGGAACUGUUCGAAAUAACCGGUGUUAAAAUUAACAAUACUGGUUUAAUUUGUAUGCAGCAUCACGUGCGUAUUGUGUUAACUAUUGAAACCGGUUUCAUCUCUUCUCAUUUCAUAAUAAACCUUAGAUAAUAUACUAUGAAUAGUACUACUAGUAGUAAUGCUAUGAAUAGUAUGUUACUAAGGCUACUGCAUGAUGAACGCGUACUACGAGUUGUUGAAG